UUUCCCUAAUCCCUUGGUGGAUGCUACACAGAAGCCCAGUUCCCAUCACAGGGGUUUCCUGAGAAGGAAGAACAAACAAAUAGAUAAAAGUGAGUCUCUGGAGGCAUCCGAUUUUCUGGCCCAGAUGCUGAGUGAUCUGGAGAGACGCCGUGCAAUGAAAGUAAAGACUGUGCUGAAGGCUCUGUUUCCCGGAGGAAGCCGUGGUUCUGUUCCAGCCUCUGCUGCAGGAAGGGAGGCCAUGCCAGGCACAGUCACAGGAGGUGAGCGUGCUAGGAAGACUUCUCCAGCAGCUUGGCGUCAUAAAGAUUUGCAGCCUCUGGAGCCUCCUGCAGAUGUGUCUGCAUGGAAAACUUUCCCUAAUCCCUUGGUGGAUGCUACACAGAAGCCCAGUUCCCAUCACAGGGGUUUCCUGAGAAGGAAGAACAAACAAAUAGAUAAAAGUGAGUCUCUGGAGGCAUCCGAUUUUCUGGCCCAGAUGCUGAGUGAUCUGGAGAGACGCCGUGGGAUGGACAGAGAGCCUCUAUGGAAGGCGACAUUUCCUGAAGGAAGGGAGGCAAUGCCAGGCACGGGCACAGGAGAUUGGGAUCAGGACAUGGAUUAUCUGAAAGCCUUGGCACAGGACAGUUUGAAGUCCUUGGAGAAUGCCGGAGAUGAACCUGUUGGUGAAGGUGAUCUGGCUUCCCAACCCACAUCCAGGACUGAGAUUCAGGGUGCUGGUGAGGUGAUAGAGCAAAAGUCUGUGCUGAAGGAAGCAUUUCCCAGAGGAAGCAGUGGCUCGGUGCCAGCCUCUCCUGCAGGAGGGACAGCGAUGCCAGGCACGGGCACGGGCACAGGCACAGGAGGUGCUGCCGGCACCUCAACACAUGUUCCCAAUUCCCAGAAGGAAGAUGGAAAGGGUUUCUGUCAGGAUAUACACUGCUGGCUAAAGUUAAUGGCAUUUCUGGUUGUUUUGGAGCUUGUCUUCAUGUCAUGCUGUAUCGGAACCUGGUAUUACUGGAAGAGAAAACGGAGCGCAUCUGCAGCUUCACAGGACCGGACAAAGCCAUCAGUUGGAGACACCUUUGCCUGUCAUCGGCCAUCCCCAUGCCAGUGUCAAUUGGCCCUGUCACAGCUGCCUUUCCAGCUUGUUGCUCUGCUGCCACCACCCAGAACAAGACCCUCUGUCCCCAGAGGUGCUGGCCCUGGUGUUCGGCCAGGGCUGAAGGUGGCCCCCUCCUUCCAGGGAGUUUGAGUCCAGCAGCACCUUUGGGGUUCAGCUCUGGUGUCUGGGUUGUACCACCAGCACUGGCUGAGCUCCUUGUUUGGGGACAGCCAGUGCUGGGUAAGCAGCAGUCAGGCAUCAGGCUGCUAAGACACAGC